AAGGUGGCGUUUCCGUUUUAAAUGCCCCGAGUGUCGACGAGUUCUGGAGAUCGUCUUUCAGAGGCAGCAGCAGCGGUGUUGGUGGAUGAGGAGGACGAAAGGAAUUACGUGUUGGUCGUUCCUGAUGAUAACGCAGUGGCGAGACGGGUACGAAUCUCACAAGUCGUGGGGAAAAAUGCGGGUGUCUCGAAUGGAUCCUUGGUCCUUGUGAUGGAGAAAGGCCACCCUGAACGGAAGAGGGUAGUGGUGUGUAGUAUAGUGGGUAAAGUGAAGGGGGCAAAGGUGUACUGUCCGGCAUGGAUGGGGGUUCGAGGAGGUUUGAAGUGAAGAAAUUUAGGCAAGAAUUUGAGGAUCUCUGUGAAGUUGAGCUCACCUCGGAGGAUGCUCAUCUAAGCGAGAUAUGCGGGGAAGAGCUCCCCAAGGAGAUGGUGGAUUAUCUGGCGCGGUCUAUCACGGGGUAUGUAUUGGAUAAGGAGGAUGAUGUCGCGGUUGUCAUUAAUGGUAGAGUUACUCGAUUCACCACCCGGCAUGUGGGGGGAUGGGGACUCGUAACGCCUCGUACUGUGGUGAAGGUCAAUUUGGUGAAGGAAAAGCAAAAGUCGGAUGCAUCGAAAAUUCGGGGUUUUGAUAGGGUUGGCGGCCUGGCGGGGACCAUAGGGGAAAUCGUAUCCUGUGUGGAAGGGCCGUUGUGUGACCCGGAGAAGUACGCCGAGUUUGGAGUGUCGCCCCCGAGAGGAGUACUGCUGUAUGGACCUCCUGGGACGGGCAAGUCUCUGCUGGCUUCAGCCGUGGCAGAGGAGCUAGAGGCAGCGGGUACGGCAAUCCAUGUUGAGUUGGUGAAGUCGACUGAGCUUACUACGAAGGGAGAGGCGGCAGUACAUAGUCUCUUUGCGCGAUGUCGUGACUCUGGAUUGGCUUCACUGAUCUUCAUCGAUGAAGUUGAUGCAGUUUGUCCCGAUCGGGAGGGUAGAGGGAGCAGUUCAGGCACAGAGGCAGAGAGGAGGAUGGUGGCCUCCUUGCUUACGGAGAUGGACGGAGCUGGCCUCACGAGCCAAG